AUGUAGUGGAGCCAUCCAUAUGGCGAGAGGGGUGAAGAGGUGAGAGAAAGCAUCGCUUCCCAAAUUCUCAACAUGGAUUAGGAUAUUGGAGUAGCAGUGUUGUAGCAUAACAAGAAUGGAUAGAUAGGGACGGCUGACCAUUGCCAGUCACGACCCAAUCAAAACCAACCAAAACCUCCUUCUCUCCAAUCUCUAAAAUUUCAUAGCUAGAAAAGGGUAAGCCAUAACUGCAACAACAAACCCUAGAAGAAGAAGAUAAGAAGAAACCCUAAAUCUCACCGCUGGUUUUCUUCUUUCAGGUGGGAGAUAUGGAUGCACGCGCUAGCCAACUCUUAUCCGAAAGCGGUGAGGAUGUCAACUCCUGCAAGGAAAAGGCUGAUGAGGGAUUUUAAGAGGAUACAACAUGACCCUCCUGCAGGUAUUAGUGGUGCUCCCCAAGACAACAACAUCAUGCUCUGGAAUGCUGUCAUAUUUGGCCCUGAUGACACUCCUUGGGAUGGAGGUACAUUUAAGUUGACACUUCAGUUUAUGGAGGAUUAUCCAAAUAAGCCACCAACAGUUCGAUUCGUUUCUCGGAUGUUCCAUCCAAAUAUCUAUGCGGAUGGGAGUAUUUGCUUGGAUAUCCUACAGAACCAGUGGAGUCCUAUCUAUGAUGUUGCUGCAAUACUUACAUCCAUCCAGUCAUUGCUUUGUGAUCCGAAUCCAAACUCACCUGCAAAUUCAGAAGCUGCACGCGUGUUUAGUGAGAACAAGCGCGACUACAACCGUAGGGUAAGAGAAGUUGUGGAGCAGAGCUGGACAGCAGAUUAAAUUACUCUUGCAGGACGGGUUGUUGAAUGCUUCCUGCUGCUGUUUGAGUAUGCUGGUACUUGGUAUACAUUCUGGUCCAACUUGUUACACUUGUAAUAAUCAUAUUUGUUUGCUUGUCUUUUGAGGAUGGAUGGACGUUUUGAAAUUCACCUUUUGUUUUUCUGCUUGCCUUGGCCAAAUCUCUGUAUGUCCUUAUGAAAUGCACGCUUCCAGGUUUCAUGUAUAUAGUAGCAUUUCAUGCA